AUGUCUUUCUUACAAAAUUUGUAUGUUGGAUUCUGUGGAUUUGACGAAAGCACGAUUUGUCACAAUAACGUUCCCCUUUUAUUAUCAUUAUCGGUAGUCAGAUUUCUUUUUUUAAUCAAUGGAUUUCAUAUACUAACAGUCCCAGUACAAACGUAUCUUUCAUACAGUCAUUUGAGUCCAGGUCAAACAAUCAGGUCCACGCGGGGUUUUAAGUGGAAUACUGGUCAGUCUGAAAACAAUGGUUCGAAACAGCAGCAACAGAAUGGACUAGGAACUCCAGCGGGGAACACCGCAUUGUUUUCCCCUCCAAUCCUUCCUCCACAACAGUCACAGUAUCAUAACAACGGCAGUAGCAAUAAUAGUAGUAAUGGUAACCCCAAAGAUGUCGGUCUUACUACUACACCAUUGAGACAGCAAGGUAGUAAUGACUUGAAUCCCAUAUCAUCACAGCAACAGACCACUGACUUUAACUAUACCCCAUCACAUCAAAAACCAUUCAUCCAACCAACAACGGGGACAACUGUGACCACACAUCAAGACAUUAAACAGAUAGUUGAGGUUACGUUGGGUUCGAAGGGGGUUUUGAACCAGGCAGUGAAACUACCAAAGGGAGAAAAUGUGAACGAGUGGCUUGCCGUCCACGUUGUAGAUUUCUACAACCAGAUCAAUAUGCUGUACGGAACAAUCACUGAAUUCUGCUCUCCUGUAACAUGCCCCCGGAUGAUCGCCACGAAUGAGUACGAAUAUCUGUGGUCCUUUCAAAGAGGGCAAGCACCCAUUUCCGUCAGCGCGCCAAAAUACGUUGAGUGUCUGAUGAAGUGGUGCCAAGAGCAAUUUGACGACGAGGCAGUUUUCCCCAGCAGGAAGGACGGUGUUUUCCCGGCAAGGUUUUGCGAUAAAGUAGUCAUCCCAAUCUUAAGAAGGUUGUUCAGAGUAUACGCUCACAUAUAUUGCCAUCAUUUCAACGAAAUACUGGAGUUGAAUUUACAGACGGUUUUGAAUACAAGUUUUAGACAUUUCAUCCUAUUUGCACAGGAAUUCAAUUUGCUACGCGACGCAGAUUACGGCCCGCUCUUGGAACUGGUUAGUGAAUUAAAGGACAGAGAGUAA